AUGAACAGCCUCUCCGUCGUCAAGCGCUUCACCACCACCCCUCCCGCGACUCCACCACGAUCGCGAACAGCUUCGUCCGCCAAUGUGGGGACACUGUCCAGCCAUGGCGACAACGAAACAUCGACCUUGGACUUCGCGUCGCUGAACGAGAAGCUGAGCCAGAGCGUGGACGACGAUGUAAAACAGGCGGCGCAUGAGGACGAACAAAGCCAGGCCGCAUACGUCAGCGAGAAGACGCCUUUGUUGAGCUCCGGCGACUCUGGCGCUGCGAGAGAAGAGGCUGGUCGCGGAUGGAAGCUUCCUCGUCGCAUAGCAGCGGCAGUCUUCUACGGCGUGCAGGUCGUCUUCUCAACCAUAACAGCCCCAGGCCGCUACGUGAUAGCCUGUUUUUACGACGAGCAAGGACACUUCUCCGCUAUACUGCCAUUGAAGAGAUUCAAGAACAUCAUGACGAGGCGGAAACAGCGAUCAUCAGCGCAUGCGGUGGGCUAUGGUGGGCGUCAGGACUCGUCCGAGGAAGAGCAGCCCAUGCCGCAGAAGAGAGGCGCAUCGAGGCGAUCGCCUUCAGUGGACAGUAAUGCUUCAACUGCGACAGCCGGCUCUUCCGCAUCUGAUGGAGAGGGUGCGCCGGACAGUCCAGCUCGACACACGCGAUCCAAGACCAGUUCGCAACAACCGGUUCCCGGAGAGAAGAGGAGGAGCAUACGUAUGAAGGAGCCACAGGAUGAAGCACUGCGGAAACGCAAGGCAUCGAAAGCAAAAAGAGCUGCGAGUUUGGAAGUGCCGACAGACGUCGCGAACACGCUGAAAUCGCCUUCCUCUCCUUCAAACCCUCUGAAGAUGACCCGAUACCCACGCGCGCCCGCUCCUCCACGACCUCUUGUGCCGAAGAGACAGCCUUCGUACACCCUCGCUUACUCGCCGGACACUCCCAAGAAGACACUGAUCAUCGACCUUGACGAGACACUCAUCCACAGCAUGGCCAAGGGCGGGCGCAUGUCAACAGGACACAUGGUUGAAGUCCGGCUGAUGGGCCAAGUCUCAAGUUCUGGCAUGCAGAUCGGUCCCGGGGUGCCCAUACUAUACUACGUCCACGAAAGACCUGGAUGCCACGAAUUCCUGCGUAAAAUACGGAAAUGGUACAACCUGAUCGUCUUCACAGCAUCCGUACAAGAGUACGCAGACCCGGUCAUCGACUGGCUAGAGCGCGAGACCAAAUACUUCUCAGGACGAUAUUACCGGCAACACUGCACGUUCCGGAAUGGCGCUUACAUUAAAGAUCUGGCGCAAGUGGAGCCAGAUUUGAGCAAAGUUAUGAUUUUGGAUAAUUCGCCCAUGAGUUACAUCUUUCACGAAGAUAAUGCGAUACCCAUUGAAGGCUGGAUCAGCGACCCGACAGAUCGCGAACUGAUACACCUGGUACCCUUCUUCGAGGCACUGCAAUAUGUGCCCGAUGUGCGAGCUCUUUUGGCGCUGCGGCAGGGACAAGCGCAGCAAGCGUAA